AUGAUUCCAAUGGAUAAUUCAGAUACUAUGAUGACAAUAGGUGGAGGAUCUUCUUCUUCUCCUCCCACUACCUCUAGUACAAACGUAUCAACUCAACAACAACAACCACCAUCGCCCUUGACUUUUGGUGUUAAACCAUUUAAUAAAGACACACCAAUAUUAUUGAUUAUCCACUCCUCCUAUACCCCACACGAUCAACAGCUUCAGAUUCAACAAUACAAACAACAACUAUUGGAACAAAAGCAGCAACAACCACCAUCAUUUUCAAACAACAAAAAAUCAAAUGAUCACCAACUCUAUCAACAACAACAAAGCAUCAAUUCCAAAGAUUCACCGAUUUUGAUUGGUGGUCGUGAUACUUCGAGUGGAAGUAAUACAGGAGGUGCUGCUAUUGGUCGUGGUCCACUACCUAAUAACGUACAAUCACAAUAUCACCAUUACUAUGAGCAAUCACAAGUAGGCAAAUACAAUCAAUCAUCGGAUCCAUCCUCUUUUACCCAGAGUCCCGAUUCAAGUAUCAACAACCCAAAGGGUAAUUUUGUAAAUAUGAAUCAAAACUAUGUUUCAAACAAUAAUCAACCAUCACAACAACAACAACAACAACAACAACAACAACAGUCAACACAACCACCAUCAUCAAAUAAUACACAAACCAUUAGUAUAUAUCUUCCACCAAAAAGAACAAAUAGCCAUUUUUAUAAUCCAAAAAAGUCAUCAACUACUCCUCCAUCACAAAAUGCUGUUUGUCGAUUACCAGAAUGCAUUGUUUGUCAAAAAGGUCCACCAAAGAGCUUUGAGAAAGGAACACCCAUCUGGGCUCAAAUUUUACAUGUUGUAUUAUUUGCAUUGACCGAUUCUUCCUCUAAAACAGCAUUGCAAAAAUCACCACCUGCACUUGGUGGUGGUGGCACUGGCAAUAAUCAAAAUAGAGAUUCAAUAGUCAAUAGUGGAAAAAAAUAUUUCCAUCUAAGAGAUGAUAUUUACGAUUUUAUUAAUAUUCAUUGGGAUGUUAUUUGCAGGAGAGAAAGAAUUCCACAUUGGAAACAUACAAUUGGUAUGACUCUUAGCCAUUAUAGCAACCUCUUCCAAAAUGGGUAUCAUAUCUUUCAAAACACUGGAUAUUGGUGUUUAAAGGAUGAUAUACCAAAUCCUUAUGAAAAUGAGGACUUUAUGGAUGGAAUGAGAAAGAGAAAGUUUUCUUUAAAAACAACUUCCAAUUAUACUUCACAAAAUCAAAGUCAAAAUCAAACCUCAUCUCCAUCAUUGACUUCUUCUUCUUCCUCUUUAAAUACUAGUAGCAAUUCGGUAAAUAAUAAUAAUAAUAAUAACAAUAAUAAUAAUAAUAAUAAUAAUAAUAAUAAUAAUAAUAAUAAUAAUAAUAAUAAUAGUAAUGUUGAGAACCAACAAAGUGCUAGUAGUUCAGUCAAUCAGGGUGGAGAUGCUUUAACACCUGAUGUGCAUUACCAUCAACCUACAAAACGAUUUAACUCUUCCCCAGCAACCAAUUCUCCUUCUUUGUCCUCUUAUCAAAUAUCUGAUAAAAAUCUACUUGUUCAAACUCCACUCCCACCCUUAAAUAAUAACAAUCCAAUUAAUUUGGUUGGACCACCAAGCGAACCCUUGCAACCAGAAAAUGUUGAUACACCCCCUCCACCUUUUGCAAUCGAUACAAUGGUUGGAUUUAAAUCGAUGAAACAGGAAUUUGAAAGUGUUAAAAAAGAGGCAGAUGACUUGCAAUCGACUAUUGACGCUCUCAAAAAGAAAUAA